AGUGCAGAAGAAGAAAUAAUGGCGACACUUGUGGGGUCCGAGUCCCCCAGUUCUGGAGGAAAACCAAGUCAUCGUAAAAGUAAUAUCGUCGCGAAGCUCACGGCCAGCAAAAUCACCGGGCGCAGUUUCGUCCGAGGGACGCAGCUGCCAGGAGGCCUGCUCCAGGAGAGGGAUAAACGGGCAAAGUGGAAUGGCAUUCCCACAUUGCUACAGAAGCUCUACGAGAGCAGCCAUCCCAACAGUGACCUCUCUCAAGCCCACAGCCUUCUCACGAUGUUGUCCUCCGACCUGUCAAUGGAGGCCAUGUCGUUUGUCACGGAGGAUAGAAAAGCGGCUCAGGAAUCCACCUUCCCCAACACAUACAUCUUUGACUUGUUUGGAGGAGUCGAUCUGCUGGUGGAAAUCCUGAUGAGGCCCACUCUUACGAUGCAGAAGAAAAAGCCGAAAAUGAAUGAUGACCUGGUCAAGGACUGCCUUAGUGUUCUGUACAACUGUUGUAUAUGUACGGAGGGCGUCACAAGAAGCCUGGCAGCGCGGGAUGACUUUGUCUUGUUUCUCUUCUCUUUGAUGACCAACAAGAAGACGUUUCUUCAGACAGCAACUCUGAUCGAAGAUAUUCUUGGUGUCAAAAAGGAGAUGAUCCACUUAGAAGGGAUCCCAAAUUUGUCUGGCCUGGUCCAGAGUUUUGAUCAGCAGCAGCUCGCCAACUUCUGCCGCAUCCUGUCAGUCACCAUUUCAGAGCCCGAUGUGGGAAACGAUGACAAGCACACCCUGCUCGCCAAGAACGCCCAGCAGAAGCGAAACGCCAGUCCGUCGAGAGCCGAGGUGAAUCAAGUGACGCUGCUGAACAUCCCCGGUUUUAUUGAGCGCCUGUGCAAGUUGGCCACGAGGAAAGUCUCUGAGGCCACCGGCGCCAACUUCCUGCAGGAGCUGGAGGACUGGUACACUUGGCUGGACAAUGCUCUGGUGCUUGAUGCCCUCAUGCAGAUGGCCACUGAGGAGGCGGAGCAAAGCAGCACAGAAUCUUCAGACGAGAGUUCACUGGCCACCAGUCCGCUCAGGCAUCGCCUUCCCCAGUCCAUGAAGAUCGUCCAUGAAAUCAUGUAUAAAGUAGAAGUGCUUUACGUGCUCGGCGUCCUCCUGAUGGGGCGACAGCGGAACCAGGUUCACAAGAUGCUGGCAGAAUUCCGACUCAUCCCGGGGCUGAAUAACUUGUUUGAUAAGCUGAUCUGGAGGAAGUACACGGCGUCCAACCACGUGGUGCACGGCCAGAACGAGAACUGCGAUUGUAGCCCGGAAACCUCUUUCAAAAUACAGUUUUUGCGGCUUCUCCAAAGUUUCAGCGACCACCACGAAAACAAGUACCUCCUGCUGAACAGCCAGGAGCUGAACGAGCUGAGCGCCAUCUCCAUGAAGGCCAACAUCCCUGAGGUGGAGGCGCUGGUCAACACAGACCGAAGCCUGGUGUGUGACGGGAAGAAGGGCCUCCUCACGCGCCUCAUCAGUGUGAUGAAGCGGGAGCCUCUGGACUCCUCUUUCAGGUUCUGGCAGGCGAGAGCUGUGGAGAGUUUCCUCCGUGGAGCCACCUCGUAUGCAGACCAGAUGUUCCUCUUGAAACGAGGGCUGCUGGAGCACAUUCUGUACUGCAUCAUCGACAGCGGCUGCACGUCCAGAGACGUUCUGCAGAGCUACUUCGACCUGCUGGGCGAGCUCAUGAAGUUCAACAUCGACGCCUUCAAAAGAUUCAACAAAUACGUCAACACGCCGGAGAAGUUCCAGGCCUUCCUGACCCAGAUCAACAGCUCUCUGGUGGACUCCAACAUGCUGGUGCGCUGCAUCGUCCUCUCGCUGGACCGGUUCGAGAGUCAGACGGAGGAUGUCAAAGUGGUGGAGGUGCUGUCCGAGUGCUGCCUGCUCUCCUACAUGGCUCGAGUGGAGAACCGGCUGGCCUUCCUCUUCCGGCUCAUCAACAUCAUCAACGUGCAGACCCUCACACAGGAGAACGUGAGCUGCUUGAACACCAGCCUGGUGAUCUUGAUGUUGGCCCGCCGCAAGUCCAAGCUGCCCUUCUACCUCAACGCCCUGCGGGAGAAGGAGUACGCCGUCAAGUUCCCGGGCUCCCUGCUCAACAACUUCCACAACCUGCUGCGCUUCUGGCAGCGCCACUACCUCAACAAGGACAAGGACAGCACCUGUCUGGAGAACAGCUCCUGCAUACCUUUUAGCUACUGGAAGGAGACGGUUUCUGUGCUGCUGGGCUCCGACAGAGCUGCUCUGUGUGCCAUUGCCAGCUACAUCGACGAGCCCUACAUGGAUCUGGACAAAGACCUGCUGGACGAUUGACCGCCGGGUCCCGCUCCACCAGAUCGGACAGUGCAAAAGGGGAUCGCAAGAAAACACAAUGGACACCUGCAGUUGGUGCUUUAACCCGCCGAGCUCACCGUCCAGACGCUCGAGAUUUUACCAGCCCCGUCUGCUGCGACGCACCUUCACACGUUGACUUGGCAGCAUGGCGGUGGCAUGUUUUUCUGCCCGGAAGUCAACGCUGUCCUUUUCUGCUCCCAUCAUCUUCCUCCGAGGAAGAGGUGGCUCGACGUACACGCCCACUGCGGCCACCUCCGUGGUCUGAUGACAAUGAAUGGACGAUUGGAAAGGACUGCGUUGGUUGUUUGCUUUAGAUUCAUGAGAAUAGAGCCUUUUUUUAUAUAUCCUUUACAAAUUCUAUGGAAAAUAUGUAUGAAUCCACAAAUGCAAGGAGAUGGUUCCCUUCACACAGAACCAGUUUGGAGUGAUCAGACUGACCUGAGGCUGAGGAAGUGAAGGUCUCGAUCAUGUUGGGGCUUCUCAUUCUGUUCCGCUCGACCAUGCGCCCGGGCUGGUUAGUUCUGACGAUCCAGCUUCUGUUCUGGUUUUAGAUCUGGAUCAACUGUUGAAUAAACUAUUGCACAGGUUUUGUUUUUUUUUGCUUUAUAUUUUAACAUGAUUUUGGAAAAAAGGUUUGAUUUUGUAAGAGAAUGUUUCAUUGUUGUAAGAUGCUUUGGGAUGAGAAUAAACUAUGCAGGCGCCCACGUCCUUGUUUCCCUCUGAUCGAGAACCCAAGAUGUGCUGUGUCCUGAGUCCAAAUGACCUUGUGCAGUACAGCUGUUUUUGAAAGGGAAAAAAGAACGCCUUCACUCUCCCUUGCAUUUGACGCAAUGACAAAAAAAAGGAACCUCCACAUUCUCAUGAAUUUUUUUUUUAGAACUGGGCUGAGUCCAGACACCCGUCCAAAGCAAGUUUUUUUUUACUUUAAAUUUUUUUUUUUUGCUCGCUGGGGUUGACUUGUGGACGAGGAAAGACACCUGCUGGACUGGUGAUGUUCUCAGGCGUGUGACCUGCUCCUGUCUUAAGUUUCCUGACAAUUUAGCUUUGACUCUUCUCGAUGGAACUUGUUGAAUCUGGGUGCAGGCACAGAGACAAAAAGAGCAAACAUCUUUCUCAUGUCUUUAUUUGAGGAAAGAAAUAAGAACAGGUCCUUGAGGUUUGCUCAGCUGUGGGUCCGGUUAAUCUAAUAAAUGCCUGGUUUGUUGCCCUUCCGUCUCAGUC